ACCACGCUCGAUGGUACGCACGCGUGUCCUCUCCCACCGCCGUCGCCGCCGCCAUACACACCUAUUUUUCUUCGUUCUCACCCACCGUCCAUCCGCACGAUCGAUAGCUUGCUGGUGUUGAUGGCGUUAGAGACGAUUCCGAGCUCCGGGGAUGCUUCGGAGGAUGACGAAGAGGAAGCGGUGGCAGGAGGAGGAAGAGGGUGGGUCGAGAUGGCGUGGCGGUUGGGCAAGAGGGUCGCCAUCGCCGGGGCCGCCUUCACUGCGGCUCCCAUCGUCAUCCCUUCCUACUGCGUCGCUUCCACCGUCGGCCUCGCCCUCUCUGUUCCGUUCGGCUUGUACCUGGCCACCAUGGCCGCUACCGAGAAGGUCAUGAGCUCUCUUCUCCCUCCGGCUUCCCUGGCAGAACCGGAUGAAGGGGAAGGAGAGGAAAGGUUCAUUGUCGAUGUAGAAGAGGAGGGGGAAGAAAGAGAAACGCCUGUGGCAGAGCAAGAAGCGCCCCAGAGCAAGCAAACAUCAGCAACUGAGCCUUCCAUGGACGCUCAGACGGAGCCUCUCACGUUGGAGGACGACAACGAGGAAGAGGGGGGAUACGUGGAACCCAGCAUGGUCGUCAAGACAUCUCCAUAUGAGAGACACGAAAGAAAGGAUAUGAUCUGGGAAGAGAUCUCCUCGCUGCGAACCAUAAUGGGGUACAGAGCUGCACUGCGCUCGUCGACCGUGGAGGAACUCCGAGCCCUCUACAUCUUCACCGGUGUCGAGCCACCCAUCUCCCUGAAGGACCCCUCGAACAUGAUGGAGAUCCAGGACAAGCUUCGGUUCCUCAAGUUGCUGGUUGGUGUGAAGUGAAUCGAGAACUGUACAGAAACUUCUGUAACACUUGCGAUGAACGUAAACAAAGUGCAUAGUGCAUUCUAUCCUAGGGGGAUAUGAUAUAGAAGAGCAUGAGAGACAGCAUUGAUUGCGAAUGGAAUUACUUGUCAGACGAGCC